CAAUGCGUAUAGCAGAUACAUAACCUAACUCCCUAACCUUCUGAAGUAAAUUCAUAUGUAUUUAUAAUAUACAUACAACUUUACCGAAAGUGAAAAACGUUUUCUAAACUGUGAAAAGUACUUUGUAAAGGAAAUAAUUCGUAGCACUUUCUGCCUGAAAAAAUCUUUUAUCGCGCAUUAUGCGCAUACUUUUUUUCCAUUCAUCUCUGUUUCUCUUUACCGAAGAAGACACGAAGACACCAGACACCGUUUAUUUCGAAUUUUAGCGCUAUUACCGAAGAAUCAUUAACGCAAAUGUUCAUCACCGUUAUCGUCGUGUUGAGAAUUGAUUAGUCAACUUGCUAUCGUUCGAUUAUGGCGAACACAGUUUUCCGAAUUUUUACAAGAGACGUUUCCCCACGGUUAACAAUUCGUAUGGAGCAAGUUCGUUGCGGACAUCAUCUACGAGGAAAACCACCAACGAUCGCUCGAAAUUUAAAGCAACGACUCGAGGAACUGAAUCAAACGGAUCCAGCAUUAUCAUUCAAAGUAAACAUAGGUUUCUCCGUGCCAAAAAUUUCAUCCGAAAAAAAGAGUAUUUGGAUGAACGAAAUAAAAGUUAACAGAUCCGACGAUCAAUUUGAAAAGCAACUAAGAAGCGGAGAGUUGCCUGUUAAUUUGGAGACGGUAAAGGAAGUUUGGUGGGAAGCAUCCAGUCCAUUUCAUAUUCGUACAAUCGCAGACCAUUAUGGAAUUUUUCAAGACACGUUUGGCGAUGCAUAUUUUUUUCCAGUCGUACCUUUAGAAAUCGCUUACAAAGUCGAAGAGGAUGCUUUCGCCAAAGUUUACACUGGAAACGUAAUAAAGCCUGCGGAAGCAUCGAAACCACCAGCUAUCGCUUACAAAGCCGAAUCAGAUAGUUUGUGGACUUUAAUAAUGUCUACACCCGACGGCAACAUGCAGAACUCAUCGAACGAAUAUUGUCAUUGGUUUUUAGGGAACAUUCCUGAGAAUAAAAUAGGACAGGGUGAAGAAAUAAUAGAUUAUUUAAGACCAAUUACACCUCGAGGAGUUGGUUAUUAUCGUUAUGCGUUUAUCCUGUACAAACAAAAUCAGCGGUUGGAUUACGCCGAGUACAAGAAGACACCACCACCAUGUUUACGGUUAACAGAUCGCGAUUGGAAUACAUUGAAAUUUUAUCAGAAAUAUCAAGACUAUCUCACUCCGGCUGGGCUAGCAUUUUUCCAAAGCGAUUGGGAUCCUACGGUGACAAAAUUUUAUCAUUCGGUAUUAGGAACGAAGGAGCCGAUAUUUCAGUACGAUUUUCCAAAACAGUACAUCAAACCUCAAGUAUGGUUUCCAAAGAGACAACCGUUUAAUCUCUAUAUGGAUAGAUAUAAGGAUCCGAAGGAUGUUAUGAAAGAAUUUUUAUUAAGAAAAUUAAAAAUCGUUCAUCCUUUUAAAGAACCAAAACCACCACUGAAAUAUCCGAACGCCUGUACUUUCCCAAGAGAUACACCUUCCUGGUUGAAAUUGGAAAAAACAAAGGAGCGUUUGGGACGUGGUCGAGUUAACGAAAUGAAUGAAAGCGUGUAGAAAGAAAAUUUGGCAAUUUUAUUGUACGUUGCGAAAUGUGUUUUUCUUUUUCCCAAAUAAAUACUCGACGAACAUAAGUAGUACGGCGGUUCCCCUCCGUAUGUUUCUCAAUGUAAACGGAAGAGAAUAUUACUCUAGCCUCAGGUGAAGAAUCGAAGAAUCGAAGAAUCGAAGAAGCGUGUACGAUCGGCCUGUUCCGUCUGUAUUCCGUUGAUUAUUCGCUCAAUUAAAAAUAACUUACCCGUUGGUUCGAAUCCUGCGUCUUCGAAUUUCAAUUUCGAGUGAUAAUCGGAAACGUAAGUUUGGUAUAAAUCUUUCGCUCUCUGUUCUCUAUCUUUGUUAAAUUCAAAAUUGCUCAUUCCAAAUAACGCUCCCACUUUUCGACUGACAGUCGACAGUAACGUUAAACCUGUAAAAAAAAGGUAUGGAAAAUAGAAGAAUUGCCAGUAAA